AGACAAUUCUACGUUCGUUGCUCGAUGUUAGCCAGCACUGCGGGUUGCACAACCACCUGUGCCCACGAACUUAACCUCUCGCAACAGGGACAUAGCUGCGUGGGUAGAUAAACCGACGAAGGUUGCCACUCAGCCUUACUUUCUCCAGGGAUUUCUUCGUUGCUUGUCUUUCCUCCCUCUUUUUCUUUCUAUCAAUCGACCAUGCCAGCUGUGUAGAAAAUUGACCGGCGAGAUAAAACUCGUCGCUGGUCAAGCUCACUCGUUUCAACCUGUUCACAAGUUUCUUCAGAUUCCGAUUAUCUUUAAUUAAGGACAUUGACACGCGGAGUCAGACAAACGUGUCUCACGGGGCGUCUCAGGGGGAUGAAUGGCGCGCGAAGAGAAAAGGAAGCAUCGUGAAUUAAUCGGUGGGCAUUAACGAUUGAGCGGAGAGACGAGCCGGGAAAUUCUUCAGCGAACGAGCAGCCAGGUCAAGGCCAGGGCUUCGAACGCAUGCGAAACGCCAGGCUUUGUUCUCUCGAAUUUAUUCCCUCCAUCGCCACAUUUUUUCCCCUUUUCUUCUCGCUGUGGAACAGCUUCCAGCGAGGGUAAUGCCUUUCUUUGAGAAAUGCGCCGUCUUCCGGGAAUUCAAGGCCCUCCGCGUCAUUCUACCGUCGCCAACCGUACGACCGGAAAUUCGUAAAAAGACGUCACGGAGAACCAGGUCUGCAGUUGGUCGCAUUGGUUUUUCUGUCGUUCUGUAAAUUAUCAUUCGUUGUUCGUAUCGUUGGUAAUUUUUGGGAAUUGUUGCAAGCUUCUGGCUUGCAUCGGCGAUUUUCAAUCAGCGUGCCGCGAGGAUUUUUAAAAACACGCGAUGCAGAAGCGCCGACCUCGUUCAUCUUAGAUCGUCAAAUCGAAAAAUGACAACAGCUAGAACAACAAUAGCCUUGCGGUAUGAAUGUCCUGUUUCGAAUGAAAUACGCGAUACGUUUUUUGAUGUGCCACAGAAUUUUUACGAUUACGUAGUUUACGUAUAUUACGAGAAUAAAAAAUGUUGAAAAUCGCUACUUUACGGCCAUAAAAUUGAAAUUCGCAAAAGGAGGUAGAAAAUGAGUCGAACUAGAAGUAUUCGGUUGAACUUAAUGACGUGCCGGAAUUUCGAGAUACAAUUUGUCUUUUGUAUAAUAUACGCCAUAAUUAGCACGUCGUUCACUAUCUGCUGCUCGUUUAUAACGUAGUUAAUUAUGGAAAUUUUCGGAAUUAUAGCUCUGGGAAUUGUUGCAGGUUUUUUAAUUUCUGUACGUUUUAAUAAAUCGUUGUAGAAGAAGGUGGAAACAUUUUUCUACAGUUGGAUGAUUCUUCAUUAGCAAUAUGUAUUGUGUAAUUAAAUACACAGACGUUGGAUAAAUAAUUAUAGUUAGAAUAGCACAAUGAAGAUAAACGUUUCUGUGAUCUCGAUCGCCGGAUUUUCCCCAGUGUAUCCAGUUUCCGGCAGAAGUGUGAAACACCGUGUCGUGUCGUUUAAACGUGCGUCGAGCAAACAUGAUUAAAUUGAUGGUUCAGCGAUCGUGCGCCAAGAUGGACGAGUUGAUUUCGAUUGAACUGGAAAUCGUGUUGCCGUUUUAGCGACGUGAAAACAUUCGAACAAGCUGUAUUCAUCGAGACUGGAACGCGUCGUUCAAGGAGAUCGCACAACGUCGACAGGAUUCUUUUCCGGAAAUGAUCGCUUCCUCGGAGCAGUACGAGAUCCACGCCUGAAUCGAGACGAUUGAAUCCUCAGCAACGAAAGAUGAGUUUCACGAACAGCCACCGUACCACCGUCGUUCUUCGACCAAUCUCAAUUUCAAUCUCAAUCUCCACGUGGUCGAUCACCAGCGUCCCUCAGAUUAACGACAAUCACGGGAAAACAGGAAUCACCUUGAAGAAUAAUAUCGAGGACAAUCAUUUCGAAGAAUAGUUUUAGAACUACGCAAGCUUCCGCCGAUAGAGCAGCAGGACGACGAGUGAAUUCCAGGGAAUUGCAGGUCGUCGAGUCGACGAAAGAGGAUCAGUGAGAUGCCCGGUCCGCUGUGAAAAUGCUGGUGGACGAUUGCGGCAGCGCUAUGGGGUGGACUUCGGCCAGCGUGCGCGGGGGUUGGUCCACCCCGGGCGGCUGUAGGAAUUCCGCGAUGAACUUCGGUGGUAGCGUGCCCUCCCUUCACCCAGCUGGCUCGAUAAGAUCGCUCCGAUCCCAGCAUUCUAUGCAGGGUGUGCCGGAGACACCGCGAAGAUGUAUGCACUGCCAUCCGGUACACGUGCCGAGCACCCCGAACAAUUACGUGCAUCAUCCAAUGCAGUAUUAUACGCCGAGCCACUGUCCCGAGCCCAGGAACGGUAUCUACACUCCUCAUCGGGGCAGUUCCUAUCACGGUGAUACUCGAAUGCGUUACAUGGACGCAGAGGGAAGCCUGCAUGAUGGCAUGAUCGGAAAUAGUAAUUGGGUGCUCGGUGAUUUGAGAAGUCUUCAUCGUUGUGUGCCAGCCUUUCGUCGUCCAGGCAUAGACGUCGCCGCCAUGCGAACGCAUUUCUAUCCAGAGGGUGGCUGGGGGUGGCUGGUUUGCGCAGCCGGGUUCCUCGCCCUGUUGCUCACCACUGGAAUGCAGCUCGCUUUCGGGCUUCUUCAUGUUCACGCUGUGCGACGAUUCGGCGAGGAACAUCUCAUGGAUCUGGCGUGGGUUGGCGCAUUGAGCACUGCGGUCUCCCGUGGAUCGGCACCCUUGGUCGUUGGCGCGUGUCGCCGUGGAAGUACAAGGCUUACAGCGGUGAUCGGCGGUAUCGUGCUGGCAUUGGCCUCGCUCUUCACCUCGUUCGCCGCAGAAUUGCACCAGGUCCUCCUCAGCUACGGCGUGGUACUGGGCACCGGUGCUGGCCUCGUGAGAGAAACUGCCGGCCUGGUGCUGGGCCAUUACUUCAGAAAACGGCGAGAGUUCGUCGAGAUGGUCGUGCAAGCCGGCACGGGAGUGGGAAUAGUGCUCUUCAGCGUCAUCUACAGGGAAGCUGUCGGAAAGCUGGGCUGGGAGCAUGGCAUGCAGUUGGUAACCGGAGUUCUGUCGUUGGCCUUCUUCCUGGGCUUGAUUUACAGGAGCGCCUCUCUCUACCAUCCGCAACGACGGGCCAUGUUACACGUGAAGAAUCAACGAGGUGGCAAGUUGAAAGAGAAGAAGACCGCGUCGAAGCCACCAAGACAGCCAUGGGUGGAUCUCAGCCCUCUAGGUAGUCGGCCUGUCAGGAUGUUGAUGUUGGCCGCUGGGGCAGCCGGUUUCGGCCUUUAUACGCCCGCCUUUUACAUCGCUAUCCAGGGCCACAAAGAUGGUUUGGAGGCGAGUGCAGUGAUGCUUUUGCAGACUUGCCUGGGUUUGGCAGCGGCACUCGGCUGCGCAGCUUGGGGUGUCGUUACCGCGAAACCAUCUGCCCAAUGCCUAGUGUCCAGGCAAUAUCUCUGUCAGGCAGCGCUACUCGGAGUUGCCAUAGCUCAGAUGGCUUUGGGCAGCGUGCAAGGUUACCACGGGCUGGUUCUGGCUUCCGGUUUGUACGGCGCAUCCCUCGGCGGUGCACUUUACUCCCUGAAAAUGCUGGCCCUCGAAAGACUGAGGGCAAAACACUUUGCACGCUCCUGGGCACUCGUGCAGGCCGCAGAAGCUUUACCUAUUCUUCUCGGAGUUCCUCUUACUGGUUACAUGAACGCGAACAGCUCGAGAGUGGGUUACUACGCGUGCACGUUAAGUUCCUUGUGCGGUGCAGCGUUGCUCUUCCUGGUUGGCUGGGGUCGCCAGCCGGCGUCUCCUCUACUUCCUGGCUCGCACCUGUCCAACGUGACCAUACCUCCGCCGUGUGCCUGUCCUCCGCCGCCAAGGCCAAGGUUGCCAAAAUCACAAUCGUUACACGUGCCCUUGGACAUGGAGGAGAAUCUUCGCGACAGAGAAAUGGAGAGGAUGCACACUGCCGAACAUUACUAUCAACCGCAAUUCUAUGGGCCUCUGAGACCUAGCAAGAGCGUUCCAGAGGGCCUGAGUCAUCAGGAUUCCUACAGGAGUCGGCCAAGACGGCACAGAGACGUCACAGUGAUCGAACAAAUCACCACUAGCGUUUGAAUCAAUUAAAAAUUGGAAGAACAAGAAGACGGAACGAAUAUAGUUGAUUGGUUGUUGGAGACAGUUGGAUACGACGAUGAUCAAGCUUGGAGCUGUGAUGGAGAAUUCUUGGGAUUUGUUGAUUGUUAGUUGUUUGAAGUUAGGUCUGGUUAACUGUUAGGAUGUUGUACAUGGCGAGAGAAAUGUUUGAUUUAAAAUGUGCGAAUUUCGUUCAAACGUAGUUCUUAGCUUUUUAGUUUAAGAUUCAAAUGAAAUGUAAAUUUGUAUAUAACAAAUUUGACAUCACUUUUUCAUUUGUAUCAUCUAUACACAAAAUUGUCUAGUUUUAGAAGAUUUAAGUACAAUUUUUUAAAUGAUUAAAACUAAAUUUACUAUUAAUGUGGAAUUAUGCCAAAAAUGUCAUAUAUCAGUAUUAUUAAUAUUAAUUAAUAUUAGACAAAUUUCUUACGUCUUGACAUAUAGCUGAAUGACCAAAGGAUUUUUUAAGUUAUAAUAGAAUUCUAAACUAACUCUAAUCUUUUUAUGUCCAUAUAUUUUAUAGAGCACACAGCGAUUUCAAACUUUUGAUUAAAAAGAUUGAAAUAAACUAACAAAAAUUCAAGAGAUAACAAAUCUCUUGCUGACACAAGUUUUGGAAUUCGUUUACGUAUAAAGUAGAUUCUUAUGAUAUUCGUUUCUAAAGAACACUUUUAACUUUUAAAGAAUAUUAUCGUUGUUACAUCCUUGGUGUAUGGAACAAUUUGGGUUAACCAGAUCUAUCUUAGAUGAUCAAACACGAUUCGAGUAAGAAGGUUAUUGUCGAGGAUAUUAUUGUCGCGGAAUUUUUCAUCGUUAUUUACGUGAAUCUGUACGCGCUCUGCUCAGUUGCUUUCACGAAGAAGGAAAGAAAAAGAGAAAGACUCGCAACAGCUUGCCUUAAAGACUAUAAUCUAAGACAAUGAAGGAUUUUACGAUAAAGGAAAGAUCUUUACGACCGCUGUGAAUCCGAGAUUGUACCGUUUUCUGUAAGAUUUGAGAAUCGCAGAGCGUGGAGAGCGCGUUCUUUUUCCGGGAAUUUUUCACGCCUUCCGGUGAAUAAUCGCACAGAGUUUGAGCGUGUUAAAGAGCGACUCUUUUACCAGUUUUAAAGUUACUGACUGUAGUAUCGAUUCUAUUUCAUUGAACCAUAAAAUUGAUUUUCUUUAAUCGAACUAUAAGUUUGUUGAAAACUAGGUAUUACAACUUUCCUAAACCUAAUUGAUUAUUCGAGAUCACAAAUAAAUGACCAAAUUUUUACUUGCUUUUAUCGCAAUUAAAAGAACUCAGGAAAAUAUUAAUAUAGAUAUUAGAAUUUACAAUAAAAUUUAAUUAAUUUAAAAUCACGCACUAUAUCCAUAUUUGUUGAGUUUCCUUUUUGUACUGUUAUUAUUAUUUGAUGUUUUAUAUUAAUUUAUACCACUCCAUUAUUAAGUAAAUAUUCUAUUUAUGGCAAUUGUUAAUAUACUUUCAAAAUUAAAAAUACAAACUUGUUUUCCCUUAUAGUUAAACACCAUAAAAAUUAAAUGACGUUAGUCAAAUUCGUCUUAAACAACUUCACAGCUCUUUUUUUUAUCUUUACUUUUCCUUUGAAAGUAGGCACAAAGAAGAGACUCUGUCCUCUGUCUAUUCAAUUUUCUCUUUUACUUAACUUUUAACCCCCGUAUUUCUUUAAACCUCUCCCACUCGUCGGCAAACAAAAGCCAGAUUACGCGUAGGCUUUGAAACGCCAGAAAACGUCGCUCCCUAAACCACUUAUCCCACCCUUUCGUUCAAUAUCCGAAUUACGUGCCCGGAAACAAAUGCGCCAAAUGAUUCUCAAUCGUUCAUUAUACAGGGUGUUUCUAAAUUGGUGAUUCAAUUAAAAAAGAGACGAAGACGUGAGAGAAUAAAUCAGCAGAUUCAUGAAAUUCAUAUUUGAAGUACUCCAUUACACAAACUUAAACUAUUAUAUUAAAAACGAAGUACAAAUGUUUUUCGUUUUGUAUUGUUUUUAUCCUAUACACCUUUUCGCGUUGCUCUUUCCUUUAUCUUUCUUUUCUUGUUCCGUUCCUUAGGUGAUUUUAGUACGAAUAGCAAAAUCUCUGUAGUAACUGUCUUAUUACGAAUACAUAACGCGAAGAAUUUUCCACAGGCAUAUCCUUACAAAUAUAAUUAAAAAGCUGAAACUUAGAUAGACGAUUGUUCAUUUACUAAAUACUAUGACGAAUGCUAAAUCUCAACUUAUUUAUACUUGUCCGCUUAUCACGUGCAUUUUGUAAAUUUCGCUGCCUUCAAAUCUCCCACAAAUGCAUAAAAAUCUAACAACGAAAUUAUAAAUCUUCUAGAAGGUGGAGUUGCGUAAUAAUUUUAGCCCCUGAGAAGCUCAUAUUAUUUAUUUAAUUACUUACUUUCCCACGAAACCGCUCCACCGGGUUGGGCCGAUCUUUCAAUCGCGUUUCUCCUCUCUACUUUUCCCAAAGCCCAAGCUUCUCGUCUCCCGUACUUAGCUCCUGCUUAAAUCCCACAACUUAAACUUCACCUCGCAACAUCUACUUCCUACGUUGCUUAUUCUCUACAUGUCUUCGCUACUCGCAUUCUCGCAGCGUCUACACUUCGAUAACACACGAAUUCGAACAGAAACAUAUUUAUUGAGUUUCCUUUCUGUACUGUUAUUAUCAUUUGAUGUUUUAUAUUCAUUUACACUACUCCAUUAUCAACCAAAUAUUCUAUUUAUGGCAAUUAUUAAUAUACUUUCAAAAUUAAAAAUACAAACUUAAAACGUCCUUAAAUACAAAGUAUGAAACUCUAACGAUUACUGGGAUUGUAUCACCGUUUCGGUAACACCCUGUACAUCAUCAUCCCCUCCAAACCUCCCCCGCUGCAUAUUUCCAUAAAUUUAGCAGCGAAGCCACGUGGAAACACGAGCCCUCAUCGUUGCUCUUUAAAAUCCGACAAUUAUUGGCCGUUGUUGCGGGCGGCCGGAAAGCGGAAGAGCAGAGCGCGGACCGGCGCGGAGGGAAACGCGUAAUCCGGCCUCGGUUCGGUUAAUCGAAACGAUCUUUUGUGCGCGCAAUAUCCGUGAACAAUACGAGCGGCUAUUAUCGCGACGUCGUCCCCGGGUAUAUAUGCUUGACAACGCGCGCCUCGGCUGACAUCGAAAUCUCGUUGUCAUCGGAAAUUCUAUUCAGCCGGGCCCGAUUGGCAGAUGCCAGGCAAACGAUGCGUGUCGACAACACGAUGGCCCGCGUUCAAGACCGCCCAUGGCCGAAUUACGCCCGCAACGUUCCAUCGCCGAUCACUAAAUUUUCGAGUUUACAUCGAUUAUGCCGGCGAUCGACGCCUAAGUGGAUGAUUACCGGGAUCGGAACGCUUCUGGCGAACGCGAGUCACCGAUCAAGCCGGAGAAAGCUCGAAGUGACUUCUUUCGGUCGUUUGCUUUGUUAAGCGUCAAUUUCUUAUUUUUGCUAGAUAACUUUUUUUAAUUGUCCAUUUUAAUUUAUCGAUGACAGAACGCGAUGAUUUUUUUAAAAUUUCACUUUUGAAGGAAUACCUCGUGUCUUUAGUUCGUUGAAUAUCGAGGGAAAAUAUGACGGUGCAGAGUUGGAUUUCUAUGGUCGUAUUUAUCGAAGCACGAUUUCAGCUUCUUUCAGUUCCUCGAGUAUUGAGGAAACGUAGGCUAACGAGAAGUGGCGUUUUGUUUCUCAGUUGUUGAGAUAUUAGAGCAUUUAUUGGGUACUGAGCAAGGACAGGAUGAUAGACAGCGGUCUUUUAAUUGGAUCUCUGUUUCAUCGAACUAUAGCGCGAUAUUAGAGAAUCUAUCGAGCGUGGUGGAAAGGUGGGAUAAUUGAAUGUGAAUCUUUGAUCAAAUUUGUAUGGUUCAGUAGACUGUUGCCACGUUAGAGUAUUUAUCGCGUAUUGGAGAAACGUGGGAUAAUAGAAAGUGGAUUUUUGCUUGUUAGAUGUGUUAAAAUAUUGGAUUAAAAUAUUUGUAGAAUUUGUGGAAUAUCGAGGAGAGAUAGGAUAACAGAAAAUGGGUCUUCGGUUGGAUUCUUAUCGAUUAGUAGCUGUUGAAACAUUAGAGAAAUUCCUUAGAAGCACUUUUAAAAAUUGUAGCUUCGACUGGAGUAAUAAUACCAGUUGUAUCUUGAAGAAUGCAACAGUAUGACAGUGAAUUGUUACUUAACUUUUGUAAUAACGAUAGUAAUAUGAAUUUCUCAAGGAAUUUUUUUCGAACUAUUUUAACUAUAAUUUUCUUCUUUAUUAUUUGUAAAUGGUCGAUUUACCUGAAAUAAUAAAUUUAAUCGAUAUUGAAGCACGAUUCGUGCAAGAUAUGAUUUACAUUGUCAGGGAUGAUUGUAUGAAUAAAUAACGUUAAUUGUUGGCUAAUAGUUAAAUGAAUAAUCUAGAUGAUUAUUGAACCAAUAACAUGAUGUAGCUAUUUUAAUCAUUAUGAUAUUAAUCGUUAAUACAUAUAAUAAUAAUAAUAAUAAUAAUAGGUAAAUAUGUUUAGUUAACGAAUUACUAGAACCAUAUUCUCCUUAUUUAUACUAUCGAUGGUUAAAUUCAAUUAUUCCAUUAAUAAGAAUUCUAUUCAAUUAUUGUUUAACAGAUUAUUAAAUUAUUCAAUAUUCUAUAUACAGGCGUAGAAAACGUAAAAAUUAUCAUCUGAUGAGAUGAAACAAAAACCAAAAGAAGACACUUCGAGUUCCUCUAAUAAGAAGAAAAAUACGACCGAUUAUUUGGAGAAGAUAGCUUCGUUGACUCGAAAACGCGAGAUGAGCGUGAAUGUUAAUAAAGACGACUGGUAGAAUCAAACGUGAAUGCAAGGAGAGAUUAUGAGUGUUCAGAGAAACGAAUCUUAAAAUGCACUAUGAAGAGGUUUUAUGCCACUCGUUUGUCGAUGGUAGAAAGUGAAAUGUGUUAAGAUGUAUGAUGUAUGUAAAUGGAAUUUAUAUAGUCUAUCUGAUCUAUAAUUGAAGUAUCAAAGUAAGUUAGGCAAAUACUUAUUCGUGUUAAUGGUUUCUUAGUUACGAUGUUACUGUGAGAGAAGUAUCUGUCUGUAUAUUUCCUUAUUUAACCAUCAUCCUACCAUUUCAAAUUCUUCAAUUUUGAUAUCGAAGAACAUUGUUAUACAAUUAAGUUAUCUUCUCGUUGUAAUUUUUUAACAAACAUCCAAAUAUUUCAAUGCAGAGGCCACAAUUUGCCUUUCUUCGUGACCUGAAAGAAUUCUAAGCUCCCAAACGUUUACACCUGAAUUAUAAAAAGAGGAAAAGAAUUAUUCAAAUGCAUUGUUUUACGUUUUCAAUAUUAAGAAACGAAGAGUUGCCCCUGUUCGUAGCUUUAAGAAAUAGCAAACUCGCAAACUUCUCAGUGGAAAAUAUUCCAAAAAUGUCUAAAUAUACAGAUAGGUCAUACGUGUUCUCGUUUGUAUCGUUUAAAAGGCACUCGCCCAUUAACAAAUGGAUCGAUACUUCCCUCCCGUGUGUGUUCACGAAAUAACAUUUAGAGACUUAAAAGAAAGAGAAGCACAGAAGGGCGAAAGCAAAAGGAAAGUGCAAUGCAGAACAAAGCAACAGAAAUAUCGUGGCAGCAUGAGACAAAGAGAUUCAAGUUUCUAGAGAUAUAAAAUAUAGAGGAUGGAGCUGGUCUCCAGGAAUCGUCACAUCACAAUCGUUAGGAACUUUGCUUAUGUUUUAAUAUACAUUAUCGUAGAAACCUGGGAAAGUAAGUACAAUUUAGGAACAAUUGAAAUGUACGCAUACCUACGAUGUUAACGAUUUAACGAAAAAAGAAAAAAAAAAAAGAAGAGUCAGAAAAGACACACUCAUGAUCGAAUAUGUCGACGAAUCUUGUGUAAUUCGUGCAUAAUAUAUCCAAAAGCUCAAUUAUUGUCUCUGUUAGAGAGACGAUCGUUGUUUCCUUUCGAGUUUCUAAGUAAGAUAAAAGAGUAACAGAGGAAGAAUAGACUUUUAACGAAAGAAAAGCUUGUACAGCCUGCAAACAAGUAUUCAACUUUAGUAGUUCAGUAAACUUUUCAUUCAGAUUCUAGUAGAAAUUCCUAUUAAAGGGGAAUCCUUUAUUUGAGGAUCCAGGACGAACAAUCGAGAAACACGUGAAGUCAAUAUUAAUCUUCGGCUGAUGUCACUCACUCUUUUAUGUGAUAAUAGCGAAUAACAUGCUUUCUCUGGUAACAAAAUUUACGGUGUUAUUGAAAUCUUCUUUUGCACGCUAUGGUAGUGUCUUAAAAGUUUCAACGUGCCAAGAAGAAGAUUUAAGAGUGAGUAAAUGGUACAUGAAGGUUGCAACAAUGAUUAGAAAAUCAUAUUUUAUAAUAUUAGAAAGGAAGAUAAGUUUAUUCGUACAAUUCUGUUAUAAGAGUUAAAUUUAAUUCCUACAUUUAAUUGCUAAAUAAGUACAGCUAUUUCGGAUUUUAUCUUGCACUUUAUGGACGCUCAAUCUGGAAAUUAAACGAUCUUUAGAAAUGUAUAUUGAAGAAUGUUUAUUUAAGUUAGGUGAAACGCAUACGAACGAGCUCUGCGAAUUCAAAAAAGCACGUAGCCGGUUCUAUUAAGAGGUAUAACUCGUUUCGUAUCGAAUCAAAACUAUGUAAAUUAAUUUGUUGAAUGCUAAAGAACAGUAAAGCUACUCUAAGACACAAAGAAGAAUGAAAAAUCCAGAAGAACGUCUACGAUAUUUCGUAAAUAAUUUUACGAUUUUAAAAAAAACGAUUCGAGGGAAUCUUCGUUGCGAUAGGAUUUCGAGACGACAGGAAUCAAAACUAGAUUACAGCAAAGUAAUUGCGCGAUCGAAUUGACGAGAAUCAAAACUAGAUUAGGAGAAAAUUGUCGCAGCAAUCUCUUCGCAAUGUCUGACGACAUCAGCCAAAGGUUCAACCGUUCAAUUCCUACUAGCUCUUAAAUAAAAGCAACUCAUCUCGAAGACUUUGAUACACAGCAAACGAGUCACCGAAUGAUAAAGUGAUUAGUACCUGAAUAUUAAGUGUUCUAGGUUUACGCGACGAUUCAGCCACGCGAACAUCGUUUGUUUAUCGCGAAUCAAACAAAAAUAUCACCUCCCUUUUACGCGAUAGACUUUACUGUGAGUUCUUUCGGAUCGGCUCUUCUGAGACCAUCGUAGUACAAGCUUCUGAGAUGGAAAAUUACGAAGAAAAGGGGAAUUAGAAAAACGCCACGAAAACGAUUGCAAAGUUGAGAAGAACGAUUCGCUUUGCUAUUUAGACUAGAUAAUCCCGUAAAAGGGACACAAUAACGUCACGCUUCCGCUUCUUGUUGUCACUUGUCGCGCUUAAAUCGCUGUCCAAGUCCCUUCGAAAGUCGCCUCGUUACUUGAAUGUUGCUAAUUGUAAGUAAAAUAAGUAGACUGUGGAUAGAACUACCAGACGCGUGUAAAUUACGCGGAAUGCGCGUAUUACGUAAAGAUAAUAUCCCAAUUUCUUCGGACAAGCAUCGUGAGGAUGUUGGAUGGACAUAAACGAAGGAAAAAUGUUCGUUCGAAUGUUGGGGAAAAAGUUACGAGAAAGAUCGAAAAUAUCAAGAGAAUAAUACGCUUGAGCUUUCGAUAUUGCUCGAUCAAACACUAAACUUUUACGUUGAAUGAGAAAAUAUAUUCGAUAAGAGACGGAGCGUAGGAUGAACAAGGACACGAAGAAUAUGAGAGAAGAUGAAAUGAGUUGAGAUGAAAUACAAUUGAAAUGAAUUUUAUAAAACGAUAAAUUCAAUUAUUUCCUUUCUAUUGCUGAUACUCUUGUAUCUAUCGACAGAAACGAUGAAGACUUCCGUAUUUUCCUAUCUCUUAUCUAAACUAGCACAAAAUUUGCCCGGAAAAACUGGACACACUAUUUGUUAUAACAUUCAGUAAACGAAACGAUGCUGUACUUAAAUUGUAUCGUUUUAUUUAUCUUAUAAAAAUAUGAAUUUACGUAAUCGUCCACAGUCUACUAACGAAGAAAGUGGAAAAUAUUUGGUGCGGCUAACGACGUGAAAAAUCGGAGGAUCAUCGGCGAACUUGCAAAGCUUCAGAUUUUUCAAUUGUAUCGUAAUUUUGGUAACUGAAAGCGUAAAACGUUCCAUUGUAUUUAAGAUACUUCGCGUUUGGGAAAUGAUCCUCUUAUAAUCGCGGAAGGAACUUUACGUUGUUGUAAAAGCAAACUUAUCGUAUCGUAAAAGCAAAUUAAUAUUUUACCGCGAUUGUUAACGAGUUACGUUCAACAGACAUAGACUGAUAAAACUUUCAACGACCAAUUACUGCAAUUAGCGAAAUGUGUAACGUGAAAUUUUGUUUGAGGGAAGAGAUGAACGAAAUCAUCACAAUUCAUCGAAGCACAAAACCAGUAGAAAUUUAUAUCUACUGCAGCUUCUUCGACUAACAUAACCAACGUGGUAUCUUUGUUAGAAAAAUAAAAAAAGAAAAACAAAUAACUCGUAAGUACCAACGAUAUAAAAAGUUUAACGAGUCGUUUAAGAACGUGUCGUAUAGUUUUUAAUGUACGAAGUUUCGCCUAGUUAGAUGAACGAUAUAGGAAAAUUUCCGUGUGAAGAAAAAAAAGAGAAAGAAAAGAAGAAAGAUCGAUGUAUCGUUCUUUUUAAACGAUCCCUAUUCCAAGAUGUUCAUACUCUUCGUUGAUUCUCUUUGUGGUGAAUUGUUUGUAUACUGCCAAUUUUUAUAGAACACUGUUCGCAUAAUAAUUCUUCGACACACUUGUAUCUUCUUGAACGACCAAGCGUUUGAAGUGUAAUAUCCGAGAGUGGGAAGAGCGAAUUAAUUAAUCAACCAAGAAGAACUCACUCGUCAUAGGAUUAAUUGUCUUUAUCGAACACUUUGCCGUGUGUUUUCUCCACCACUUAUUGUAUUUCGAUCAAUCGCGACGAACGUUGAGUGGAAAGCCGGAGAUGCGAAUUCUCAACUCUUUAAAGCCGCAAUUUAAGGUGCUAAACAAAAUUUGCUUGAAAUGGCAGAUUUUGUUUAGCACCUUAAGGUUUAUGUAGAUGCUUCGUUGAUCUAAUUGCUUUUCACAGAUAGAAAUUGCUAUUUCGUCUUCCACAUAGACUGCAGAAUUUUAUGGAGUAUGAAAUAUUGAAUUUGAUGAAUUACGUUUCUUAAAUUAUUGAUACGUUUUCGUAUUUCUAAUUUUUCGAACGAACUUCAGUGAAGCAUUUAUUGAUCUAAUACGUUUUCGUAGUUUAAUGAAACAAUAUAAUUGUAAAAAUUACUCCGUUUUUCGAUGAUAUUCUAUCGUACUGGGUGGUUAACGAACCAAAAGGAAACCGUCACUUUAUGUUCCAUAUGCUUCACAAGACAUUUUUAUUCCCCGUAAAGAAUUUGUAAAAGUUUCUAAACAUUUUCAAGAAAUUUAACGUAGGUUUAAUCGAAUAGAACGAGGAGUUUGAAAUUUGUAUCUUCGAAAUCGAACGAUUAAACGGCAAACGCAAAUUAACGAAACAUAAACGAUAGGAAGGAAGGUUCGCAGAGACCUUUUAACAAGCAUCGUACGACAGUUCCUCCCUUCUCAUUGUCCACGAGUAUCUCGAGUGUUUUUUCUACAAUACAAUCGUAGCUUUCUAUCCACGAAGAAACAUAGAAGACCAGAGUCUUUUUCUAAUCUUUACGGUCCAUCAGAUCUUUGUUAUAGCAAGUGUAUCAAUUCAGCAAACAUGUACACUAACUGGUCAAUGUAUGCACAUAUUGAUUUGAUAAGUUUACACGCAUUGACAAAUUUUUACAUAUGCAUAAACAAAAAUGCAUUAAUUUAAAAAAAGGAUAUGUAUUUAUCUUAUUUGAAGUAAUUGAAUAUUCAUAGGUUUAUCAAAUAAAAUGUUACUGAGUCUUCAUUUUCUAUUCUAUUGAUACAACAGCAAAAUGUGAUCAAAGCAUCAGCAAUCUAUAAUUUUCCACAGAAAUUUUCUAGGUUUACAGUGCCUAUGCUUUAAGGAUUUGAAUGAUUUUUUUAUAAAUUGUACGAGUGAAUAAUUCUAUUCUUUUCUCCAUACAUACGAUUUUUCAUAUACUUUGCAUUUCCAUUCGUCCGACACAGUUACUAUACUCGUCACGCUGUUAUUAUGCCUCUAGCAAUGUGUCGUACUAAGUAAAUAUAUUUAUUAAUUGUUGAUUAAGACUAAUCACAGGCAUUCGUGUGUUUGAUUCCUUUUACAAUUACUUGCUAUCGACUACUGAUAAUAGAAACAUAUUAUCGCUAACAUUUUCGCAGAGAAGAUAGGAAAUUUAACUUUACGACAAAUAAAUAAAUUUAUCGUUUGGUUAGUUAACAAUCGACGAGCAUAUAAAAUCAAACGAUAAUUGCAUACAUUAAUUGCCAGUGUUAGGUGUAGUAUAUACGUUCAGCGAAUUUCACACUUUUAUUACGACAAAUCGAACAUCCAAUCCUCCCACGAUAUUGAACGAACAAUCUCGAGCGCGAAAUUCAAAAUGCAGCAGCGUGAAAUCGAGUUUUGUACCUCGUACCAAUUUUAGCGAAACGUCGUAAGAAGUAAGAACGUAGAGACCAGAUUUUUCGAUUUCUAUUCGUCUACCAUUUUCCGUUCGUUCGUAACUACUAAAUGUACGCUUAAAGGGGAAAAAGAAAAAAAGAAAAAAAAAAAAAGAAAGAAAGAGAUUCUGCGUGUAAAGCGAGACUACGAACAAACCUAUAGAUAUUCGAGCGAUUCUCGACGCGUCGUUCUCGAGAAAUCGUCGUCAAUGGCCGUUUAAAGGGAACUUUUUCGAUUCGAACGGCAAAUUUUCGCACGAAAGUUUCAUAGUGGAACAGAGGCUGGGAUAUAGCGGAAAGUAUUUGCGCAAUCACGAUAGACUUGGAGGUGGCAAAUCGCUUUCGAAAAUCCGCUAUCGACGAAACUCUGUUCGUAGAUGUAUCUCGAGGAAUUCUCUGAUAACCUGUUGUACACACGCAUACAUACACGUACACGUACACGCGUAAAGACACGUAUACAGACACACGUAAAAUGUAAUACUUGAUCCUUGUGAAAGCUUCUUGUAAACCGACAUUUACGGAAAAUCGUAAUUUCUUUACUUUUUAAAAUACGAGACGAUUGAAGAGGAAGAGGGGAAGAGAGAAGGAAAUACGCAGUCUCCCGUUACGAAGCGUUGAGCAUUUUGUAAAAGUUUUAUAAAUAGUUCUAUGUAGUUGAACAGCUGGACCAAUAAAAUGUA